UUGGGAAACGAUAAAGAAGAUGAGAAAAGCAGAGUGAAUCCACCUGGUUCUAAGGGUACUCAAACACCUUCACAAGGAACCUUAACUCCAUCGUCAGCAGAGAGGCCUACAGGAAUUAAGCCCGCUGCUUCUCCUUCAUCUCAACCUCCUGGGACUCCUGGAGAAGAAUCACGAGGUACUGGCCAUGUGGAACAACAGCAACAGCAGUCUGAUAAUAACGGUAACCAGCAAAGUAUUCCAAACGCACAGGCCUCUCAACAAACUACAAAUGUUCCCGAGACACAACAGGACCGUACUUUGGCAGAAGAUGAACAAACCCCUACAGUUACACAGGACUCUCAACCCACUGGC